UUAUCCGUCAUUUACAAUCCCAAACACCCGUCAACUCCCCACCUACCUCCUUCUUCCUUUUGCUCCAUUAAACCUGCAAAAAAAAACAUCCUUCGUUAUCCAAAGAACCUAAUCGAAGCAAAAGGAGACAAGGUCAUUCGUUAAAGUUGAAAUGGUGUACGUAAUGUGGAAGAUCAGACCAAAAAAUGAAGUUGUCGACGUAUCAUCCUUAUAUGCAAGUGCACCCACAUGGUUUAGUAUUAAGCUUUAUCAUGGUGGGAAGUUUACUAAGUUACCUGACAUAAAGUAUAUUAGAGGUGAAGUGCGUUAUGUUGAUUAUGUGGACAUAGAUGAGUUUUCUAUACAUAAACUUAAUGCCAUAAUGCUUGACCUAGGUUACCCAGAACCACAGAUGAUUGGAUUGAUUGAUGAAUCCCCAAUGAUAUACUACCAUUUCAGGAUACCCAAUGAACAUGGGAAGACAAAUCUACUCACAUACUUUAUGUCUCCAAAUGCAAAGGGUAAAGUUAUCAUUGAGGAAUUACCAGAGAAUGAUGAUCAAGGGGCUGAAUAUGAGGAUGAAGUUCAUGUAGAAUCUCCAUUGAGAAAUAUGAACCAUGUCAAUGAUGAGCCAAUUGGUGAGUACAUGUCUUUGAUUCUUUUUGGGAGUAAAAGUGAUGCAUUCUCUCCAGAGUAUAAAAGGGGUAGAGUUGGGAAUUCAAAAAGAGAGGAAGGUUCUUGUAGAAAGAGGCUUAAUUUAGAGGAUAUUGAUGAUUUAAAAGAGAAGGAAAACACUAAUGAGGGUGUUAAGGAGGUUCAUGAGGCUGCAAUUGUUGUUGAAGGAUGCUACAAUCCAUUUACUUUAAAUAUUACUAAUGUAGGGGAUGAGAUGAUUGGGGUUCAUGAUAAUGACCAUAUUGAUGGAUGCUACAACACCCCACCUAUUAAUGAUGAUGAACAAUAUAAUGAGCUUUUUGAUAACCUUAUGGAAAAUUUAAUUGGAAGUGAUGAGGAUGUUGAAGAGUAUGAAGGGGAUGAUGAAUCUGAAGAGAGUGAUGAAGAUUAUGAAAAGGAUGAAGGUGAUGAUCAUGAUGGGAAACAAUCAGAAAAUGAAGAUAAAGUGGAUGAUAUAAUGGAUGAGGAGAACCAUAUAGAAGAUGUUGAUGUGGACAUGGCAGACUUCUUUCUAAAUGUUGAAAGUGAUGUUGAAGGAGCAUGUAUUAAUGAUGGUCAUGAACCUGAAGAUAUGGAAGUGAUCAACAAUAAGGAGUUUGAAUCAUUGGAUGAAGGAUCAGACCAAGACAAAGAAAGAAGAGCUUUUAUAAAAAAAUUGGGAAAAGAAAAAAGGUGCAGCCUUGGAGCUUGUAAUGCUUCUUUAAUCUCCAAGAAAAUCAUAGAUCAAGUUGAGGCAGAUCCGAAGAUUCCUUUGAGAGCCGUACAAGAUCACUUUCAAAAGACCUACCAGGUGGGUAUUUCAAUGGAUAAGGUGUUUAGGGCAAAAGAUAUGGCAAGAAAGCAUGUAACUGGGGACUACACAAAACAAUUUGAAUUGUUGAGGGACUAUGCUCUUGAACUUCAAGCUACAAACCCAGACACAACAGUUAAAAUAGAUGUGUGUCCUAAUGGCAACCCUGCAUCCCCAACAAGGCAGUUUAGAAGGAUUUAUGUAUGCUUGGGUCCACUGAAAAAAGGUUUAAAAGCAUGUAUUAGAGACUUAGUAGGUUUGGAUGGUGCCUUCAUGAAAGGCCCAUUUCCUGGUCAGGUUCUUACAAUAGUUGGUCUAGAUUCCAACAAUGGAAUUUAUCCCUUGGCCUAUGCAAUUGCUGAGUCUGAAAACACAGCUAGCUGGAAGUGGUUUUUAGAGAACCUUGGGGAUGACUUGGAGUUGGGAGCAACUCAAACUAUACUUUCAUAA